UUCGGAGCAGGGAGGCGAUGUACUCUCCGCCCAGCUAAUUUCUCCCCGGUCUUGGCCUGGACAGGUGUUGCUGCUCGGGACUGCCGUUGCACGCGUUCUGGCUCGGACCACAUCUCUCUCUGGGGACCGUACCCGUGGCUGGGGAACCGAGUGAGGCCGUUGCCUUGACGACAACAGCAUGCGGCCCCUGGUCCCCGGAAUAGUGAGUUUGCCAAGGGAGGGCCGCGGCCCAUCUGCCGCCCUGCCUGCUGCUUCUAGGACCUGUCACUGAUCCGCAGAGGAAAUCUCAACCCAGGGGAGCUGCCAGUUUGCCAGUCAGCGUCUUUUUGACCUGCCAACGAGAUGCAUGUGUUUCCAAGUUGAAAACCUUUGGCUCUGUCUAUGUGAAAAAGGAGUUGAAGAAGCAGAAAAAUUCCUACUGGUUUUAAAUUAAAAUGGAAAAAUAUGAGAAUCUUGGAUUGGUUGGAGAAGGGAGUUAUGGAAUGGUGAUGAAAUGUAGGAAUAAAGACAAUGGAAGAAUUGUGGCCAUCAAGAAGUUCUUAGAAAGCGAUGAUGACAAAAUGGUUAGAAAAAUUGCUAUGCGAGAAAUCAAGUUACUAAAGCAACUGAGGCAUGAAAAUUUGGUGAAUCUGUUGGAAGUGUGUAAGAAAAAGAAACGCUGGUACCUAGUCUUUGAAUUUGUUGAUCACACCAUUCUUGAUGACUUGGAACUCUUUCCCAAGGGACUAGACUACCAAGUUGUCCAAAAGUAUUUGUUUCAGAUUAUUAGUGGAAUUGGAUUUUGUCAUAGUCACAAUAUCAUACAUAGAGAUAUAAAGCCAGAAAAUAUACUGGUCUCUCAGUCUGGUGUUGUCAAGUUAUGUGACUUUGGAUUUGCUCGAACACUGGCAGCUCCUGGGGAGGUUUAUACUGAUUACGUGGCUACACGAUGGUACAGAGCGCCAGAACUGCUGGUUGGUGAUGUCAAGUAUGGCAAGGCUGUUGAUGUGUGGGCCAUCGGUUGCCUGGUAACUGAAAUGCUCAUGGGGGAAGCCCUAUUUCCUGGAGAGUCUGAUAUUGAUCAACUGUAUCACAUUAUGACAUGUUUAGGUAAUUUAAUUCCAAGACAUCAGGAGCUGUUUUAUAAAAACCCUGUGUUUGCUGGAGGAAGAUUGCCUGAAAUAAAGGAAACAGAGCCUCUUGAAAGACGCUAUCCUAAGCUGCCUGAGGUUGUGAUAGACUUAACAAAGAAGUGCUUACAUGUUGACCCAGACAAAAGACCUUUCUGCCCUGAGCUCCUGAGCCAUGAUUUCUUUCAAGCGGAUGGGUUUGCUGAGAGGUUUUCUCAGGAACUUCAGUUAAAAGUUCAGAAAGAUGAAAAGAAUAUGUCAUGUAAAAAAUCCCAAACCAGAAAGAAGGAAAAGGAAAAAGAUGAUUCCUUUAGUGAAGAAAGAAAAACACCUGUGGUACAGGACACCAAUAGUGAAUCCAAAAUUACGGACUCUAAACCAUUUAAGUUAAAAGCAUCAAAACUUGAUGGAGAAAAAGUCAACAGAGCUUCAAAUGCCAACUGUCUCUAUGACAAUGGGACCAGCCACACCAAAGCAGUGCCUUCCACAAGCCUCAGAGACAGCAGCGUUGCCAACUUGGAUCAUGCGAAGAGCCCAGGCAUGGCAAUUCCUCCACUCACACACAGUCUUGCUACCAUGGCUCCUGGUGUUAAUUCUGUGGUGGGCACCAUCCCAGGAGGGCAGAAUUACAGAAUGGAUGAGAAAACUAAGUAUUGCAUUCCAAUUGUUAAACCAAAUAAGCUCUCUCCAACGGGAAUUUACAACAUGAAUGUGGCUACACCAGUCUCUAAUGAAAAGAGCCUCCUUCAGGCAAAUAAGAAAAGAAAAGAAUAUGCCAGAGCAGAUGUCCAUUUGCCUGAACUAAACUACAACCAUCUCCCUCAGCUAAAAGCCUUAGAAGGCAUUGCUCGAAAUUCUAGGUUAAUAAAGAAAGAGAACAAAACUCUAUUGGAAACUCGGAUUCCUCCACUGGCUGCCAUUGACCUGCAUUCUCCCAGUACUGCAGUGCAUCAGGCAUCAGGAUCUUUCUCAUCAGAUGAUUCAGAGGCCGAUUUGCCUCGGAUGGAGCACCAGCACUGACAAUCCUUUUAAUUCUAAUCAGGAUGCUGCUCUUACACUGGAAAUGAGGUCCUCUUGCAACGGGAGUGCUGAUAUCCUAGGAGAAGCACCCGUGUUUUGAUAAUUUCCUUCUGAACUGCUUGUUUUUCUAUGAAAGGCUUAGUAUAAGAAGAAGACAGAAACUUCUGAAUGUAUCCAAGGGGGAUUGAACAAGUCCCUCCCGCUCCAUCCCCAGCUGUGACCCCAUCGCGUUUCUAAUGUACCAGUGCUAUUUCAAGAUAUAGCCAAUGAGAGAAUAGUGACAUGCUUCUUGUACACGAAGGUAUAUUUGCGGUUAGUAGAUUGUAUCUUUAAAGUUACCUAAGAUAAAAAAGUGAGUAAAAGAAG